CAUGUCAGAUUUUGAAAUAGGAUAUGCAGUUAAACUUAUAUAAUGGCCUUUUGAAGAAGAGCAUAUUUGAUUACAUAUUUCACGAUUAAUUUUUUUUUAUUUUUUUAAUAAAUUCACAACACAUAAGAGUUGCAUUACACCAUUAAAUCAAAGCUUGGGUUUUGUCAGCUAAGCCUAUUUUCGUCUAAUUGAUGUGAAAUGCGAGCAGCAAGUGGGUCAAAUUUUUGACCAUGUGUUGCAAUAGUGAGAGGGGGCUGUGCCUUAGAAAGCCUUGAGCAAAGCAUAGUCUGCUGGCUGUCAUCAGCUACAUCAUGAACUAAACAUGUUUUGAAAGCCUACAUGUUCUACAAAUACUACCGUGUCCUACAAAGAUAGGAUAACAAAUAGGGCACAGCACAAAUACUUUUUUGAUUUUAAGUGGGUGUAUUUAAUAUUUUGAACAUGUCUGUUAGUUAAUUUUUUUAUUGCUGUGUCUAAAGUCUAGUUUAGGAAAAUCAGAUGUGCUCUUGCACCUAUUUGUAGGUCUACUAUAAAUAGGUCCCUGCUGGCAACACAUGCUCGUCUAUGAUAAGCAGUUACAGAGAUUUUCUACACAGACUCUGGCUUCAAAGCAACAUUGACAACAUCUCAGGGGUGCUAUUUCAUAUGGACAACAUUCAGUUCAUACUUUAACAAGUUUUGAAUUUGGACACGGAGCAGUUUUCUCCUUCGGGUGACUCUUUUUCCUUGGAGUUUGCCUUUCUGGUAACUGCUUAGUUGAACAAUGACUUCUAGAAGGCCAAUGACACGCUCUUUUUCUGGCAAUGGGAGGUCGAGCAGCUUCAGUGAAGAGGAGGGUAACUCUUCCAAUGGACGCUCAGAAAGCCGCAAUCCGUACCUCUCAGAUGUGAGGCCUGAAAACAGGAGCACACUGUGCAGCGUCAUGGCUCAGCUGAGUGAGGACAUACAGCCAUCCUUUGAGACCACCUUGAAAUCAAAAUCUGUAUCAGAAAAUUGUAACGUGAAGUUCACCUGCGUGGUAUCAGGGUACCCAGCUCCAGAACUCAAAUGGUAUAAGGAUGAUAUGCAAAUGGAUCGGUACUGUGGGCUCCCAAAGUAUGAAAUUCAUCGGAAUGGAAAAACCCACACCCUCCAUAUUUACAACUGCACAUUGGAUGACGCAGCCAUUUAUCAAGCAUCAGCCAGCAACAGUAAAGGGAUUGUCUCUUGCUCGGGAGUUCUAGAGGUUGGCAUCAUGGACGAGUACAAAAUCCACCAGCGGUUCUUUGCUAAGCUGAAGCAGAAAGCAGAGAAGAAAAAGAAAUCUAUGGAGGAUCAAAAAGAUAAAGAAAACAAGCAGGGAGAGAAACCCGUGAGUACCCCAGAGCGCCCUCCGAGGAAGCGGCAUGUCCCACUACCACAGGAUAGGCUGGCUGUAAAACAGCCUGAGGCUGCAGAACAACUGGGGGCAACUGCAGAACCUAAUGGCAUUGGCCCUGAACUUAUAGAAAGUGGUCUGGACAAGGAAAUACCUCCACCUGAGGAGGCCUUGGCCAACAAGAAAAUAAAGAUCUCAAAUGGUUUAGAUGCAGACAUUAAUAGCAGCAGUAGUAGCAAAAGUCAUAUGAUGGUGAAUGGAAAUGAAAACUGUUAUGAUGGAGGAAUGAGUUUAGCACAGUUUCUGGCUGAGACGAUUCAGUCGAAAGCAGCUGAGGACAAACCUCAAGAGCUGGAUGCACACGUUUUAAAUGUCAGUGCACGGAAUGGGAGGGAGCAAGACACGAUGCAAAAUGAGAAGGGAGAAGAGGAAAAAGUACAAGAGCAAGAGAGAGAGAAGAGGAGAGAAGUGGAUCUGUCCAUAUCAAGAGAAGAAGAAAGUCCACUGGACGUAGCUCAUGCAACAGCUCACAAUAAACAUGGUUCAGAAGUCAAACAUCACAGCAAAGCCCACAAGGAUGACCACCACAACAUCCAGGCUUCCAUCUCCUCCAUGCUCCACACGGUCAAAGACUUUUUCUUUGGUAAGAGCAAAAGAGACUCCUGUGAGAGAGAGUUGGACACAACACAGCCUCCUGUCUCUGGAACGCCACCGUCAUUUCGACUGCAACCCCAACACAAUACAGGCGUGUGCGAGCCUAUGGAAACCGAUAAACCGAGCAUUCAGUCAUCUGGAAGCGUGGCGGUAGAAGAGCGGUCGGCGACACUGGAGCUGCAUGAACACAAGCAGGACGACAGUGACCUGCAGGUGGCUCGGCCAUCGGCUCAUGCCCCGCCGUCUGACAGCCAGGAGCGCGCGGGGCAGCGGGUCAAGGAGGCUGGCGAUGCCGUGGACGCCAUGGAGGUGUCCCAGGAAGAGACAGGAAGGAGUAGCAGUCCCAGCGAAGAGUCUGGGAUUCAAGGUCUAAAUGAGGAAGACAAAGAUUCUCUGGUAGUCACUGUUAUCAAAGAGGUUCCUGUAAACCGGCAAGAGCCAGAUUGUCUCUCUUCACCACAUCCUAAUCAAAAAAGAGAUGAGUCUGCGCCCAGGGAAAACAUAUCAAGCUUUCCACAGACCAAAGCCGCUUAUGAAGAAGAAUGCCCUCCUACACCAACCCUCAUUAGUCUGGAAGAAAGCUGGACUCCCCCCGAGAUUAUUAUAUCAGACAGUCACAGCCUGAAAGAGGCACCCACUAUGCAAGACGAGGAGAUGAAGGUCGAUAAGGUGGGCAAAGAAGAACCUGACACAGAGUCUAAGUUAUGUGAGGAAGAGAAAGCUGAAGUGAAAUCGAGCAAACAGCCGUGUUCAUUUAUAAACCCACCAGACAUGACUGAUUUAACAACAUCUACACUAGAAGGAAGAACAGACCCGUGUGAAUCUAAUGCACCGCAUCAGGUGCUUUCACCACUGCAUGCCGGGCCAGAGAGACAGAAUGCAAAAGAAGAGACCAAAUGUACCUUGCUUGUUCAGGAAGUGCAUGUAGGAGUUCCGCCCACAGCAGCCUCAGAGAAUUUAGAGAUGGGUGACCUAAAAAUAAAGAAUGAACACACUGUAUCUGUAGUAGAGGAAAGCACUGACACGAAUAGCACCGGUGCAGUACCGACUUCAACUUUUAGCCAGUGUGAAAAGUCAAAUCAUUUUGGGGAGGUGUUCAAUUUUGCUUUGGAGGAAAAUAUAAAAGCAGAGGAGGAGGCCGUUGCAGAAGAUGAGGGCAAGGAUGUGAUAGAUGAGAGGUCACAGUUAGCGGUGGAAUCAGGACAGAAUGUAGAGUUGGACAAACCAAAGGUCCUUUCGGUAACACAAAAAGAGGGAAACAAUACUAAUGCUUUAGAGAACUGCAGUAAUGAUAUAUAUCUAGAUGGCAGUGAAGAAGGGUUGGGCUGGUCCUUAGACCAGGUUCCUCAAAUCCACAUAUCUACAACAGACGACACCCCAGAUAUAAUACCAACAGCAACACAUGAAACCCAAAAUGAACGGUUUAUAAUCCCAACAAUUGAAGUAAUGGAACCUGAGUACAAAGAAUGCAGCGUGCCGCUGAGUAUUCUGGCUCUGAACAAGCCAGAGUCAGAGCCUGCUAUUGAGCAAAAACAUGAUGAUGUAACUCGUAUGUCAGAGAUAAGAAUCCAAGACCCGGGGCCGGCUCAACCUCUGGGCACGUUGCCCACACAAAGAAGCGUGCAGAAUGACUAUAACCUCUCGCUGACAGAGAAAGUAACGGAAGUUUCGCAAUUAUGUGACGAGACAGGAAAGCUUGAACACCAAAAAGGCUGCGAACAGCUCCCUCAAACGGACUGUUCGUCCAUUCCUGUCAUAAACGUGUCGUGUACUGACGACAAGGAGGCUCCUGUCCAGGAGUCAAGUACACCUCACCCUACUGAAACUCCAUCUGUGCCUGUGUUCGAAGUGCUACCAAUCUCAGCCACUUGUCAGGAAAUAGAAACUUUGUUGGUGACUCAAAGAGGAACAAAGACAGAUGUUGGCACUGAUGACACUGUGAAGCCUGAAAAAAGUUACAGUACAAAUCAGACGCUUCUGGAAAUGGAAGAAAGGUCAAGAAGCAAAAUCACGUCUUCCCCAGGAGAUGAAGCUCUAACACCAAAGGUUAGAGAAAAUAAGCCACUGUUUAGUAAAUCACCAGAAGACAGUGCUGUGGAAACGUCAGUAAAACCUCCUAUUAAGACAGAGAGCGUUGUGUCUCUUGAUGAUCUGCUCAAGAACAAAGUUUCUGUUGAGAGACUCACCUGUAAGCCGCCAGCGCAUCCGUCACUGAGCCCGGGCAGUCUACGCAAAUUCAUGUCCAGAGCUGCCGCAGACCCAGACGGCGACAAGGCGGACGAGGACCUCAGCGGCGGCUCGACGCCGACAUCCUCCCUCUCCUGCGAGAGCAGCCCGCGGCUGAAGCGCAGGGACAGCCUGACCCUGAUCCGCUCGGCCACGCCCGAGGAGCUGGCCUCGGGAGCCCGCCGGAAGAUAUUCAUGCCCAAAGCGAAGGAAGACGGGGAGGGGGCGGCGCUGGGCGGGCUGGACACGCCGGGCAAGAAGGAGACCCCCUACAUGUCGCCCAGCCAGGCCCGCAGGGCGGCGCUGCUGCAGGCCCCGCCGGGUCAGAACACGCCGCCCAUGGAGAGGCGCUCCCCGCUGCUGGGCCGCAGGAAGGCCACCUUGGAGGUCCCAAAGGUCAUGGAGGAGACGCCCAAAGAGGAGCCGGCCAGCACCAAGCGGGAGGAGAAGAAACCAGACCCUUUGAAAGCGCCGCAGGUCAUCCGUAAGAUCAGGGGAGAGCCGUUUCCUGAUGCCUCCGGACACCUGAAGCUGUGGUGCCAGUUCUUCAACGUGCUCAGCGACUCCACCAUCAAAUGGUACCGAGAUGAAGAAGAAAUCCUAGAGCUAAAACGAUGUGGAGGAGAUGAAAGUCAAGUAGCGCUGGCUAUUGUCCUGGCCACCAGUCCAGACUGUGGAGUAUAUGGCUGCACCAUUAAAAAUGAAUAUGGGAUGGACAGCACUGACUUCCUGCUCAGUGAAGACGUUCUGUCUGAGAUACUACUAAAAGAUGAUUUGGAAGUCGGAGAGGAGAUAGAGAUGACACCCAUGGUGUUUGCCAAAGGCCUGGGUGACUGUGGCAGCUGGGGCGACAAGUACUUCGGCCGCAUUAUGACACAGGCCGUGCACAUUGGGGCUGGCUGCGCUCACAAGGCCAGCAGGGUCAAGGUCAUUUACGGUCUGGAUCCCGUCUUCGAAUCCGGAAGCAGCUGCAUCAUGAAAGUUCAAAACCCCAUCGCCUACGGGACCAAGCAGGACAACACUCUUGCAGAGAGGAGUCUGCAGAUAACUAAGCAGGAAUGCAAGGUGCAAAACAUGAUUCGUGAGUACUGCAAAAUCUUUGCGGCUGAAGCAAGAGUUAGUGAGAAUUUUGGAUUUUCGCUAGAAGUGAUUUCUCAGUAUCUGAUGUACCGGCCUGCCAACUCUGUGCCUUAUGCAUCGGUGGAGGCUGACAUGGAAGGUGUCUUCAGCACGUACUGUACGAUGGAUCCUAAAGGCAAGCUGAUUACACACACGGCCUCUGAGGUGGAGCAGAAGUGUAGCACCUUCCAGCACUGGAUCCAUCAGUGGACACAUGGAAAUUUGCUCGUCACUCGCCUGGAAGGUGUUGAAACGAAGCUUACCAAUGUUAGAGUCGUGACCAAGUCAAAGGGAUACCAAGGAUUAACCGAGAGUGGAUCUCCUGAAAUAUUCGAGCAGUUCCUGACACACCAUCAGUGUAACUACUACUGUGGACUUCUUGGCCUACGCCCCCUUAAGACUAUGGAAAGUCUCCAGCAGCCCACUAAGAUGAAGGGCUCCAGGAGCCCCCUGCUCAACCGCAAGCUGGGUUCUGGGAGCCCUCAGACGUCUAGGAAGCCAAACUGUAGCCCGAAAGCAGGUAGAAAGGUUCAAGAGAAAGAAGACAAUAAGUCAGACACUAAACCCAAAUCUACAGAGACUGUUGAUGCUAUGGAGGCGAGGUAGAAAGCAGGGCCUGUUUGGUUUCUAGUACUUUUUUUUGGUUUUAAUUAUUUUUGUAUAACCUGUUACUUUUUGGCUACCAAAGCUGAAGAAUGUUUGUUGACAGUCACCUUUUAACGAAACAGUUUAUGUGGAUGUUUGGAAAGAUGGGCACAAGGUUUUGACUUUAUAGCUCAAAGGUGCCAAACAGUAAGAUUUGAUCAAGACUUUUUAAUGAAGAGAAUGAAAAACAAAACAAAGCACAUAAGAGUUGACAUAAUGUUAGUUAUUUACGUCAUGCCUUGGGGUCUUCUCAUCUCUAUGAGUGGAUUACCAACUCUGCAAGCUUAUAAUAAUAAUACUAAUAAUGGAAAAACAACCACAUAUCACGCAUUAUUUAUUGAGAGGAUGUCAACAUUUUAGCGUUUUGAUUUUAAAAACAACUGUGAAGUUUUCAAGUGAGAGCCAUGAAUAGCACUGCAUGUUCAUCUGUGAUGUACAGUACGUGUGUGGGACAGAACAGCAUUUCUUUACACAGCAACGUUGAGCUCAUAAUGAGGAGUAACAGCACGUUUUGAGCCAUUUGUGUGCACUUUGUUUUUGCCAUGUCCUUCUAGAUGUUUUGCUGUCUGGUUGUAUUAGAGGCGGUCGGCCUCUAGUGUGUUAGAAUAUACAGUAUGCCGGCGAAUGCCACUUCCUCAAUAAGCAGUAAGGGUCUUACUAUUAACCUCAUAUCUAGGCAUGCUGAUGCUAAUGAAGCUGAGUUAUUUGAACCUGACCUAUACACAAUGAAGAAAAUAGGAGAAAAAGCCGACUCAGGAUCUUUAGAAGCCCAUUGAUCACUCAGGCAUUCUUCCUGGAAGGUGUGUAAUGUUUUAUGGCACCUUUGUUACCUUUAACUGAGCAGUGGGGCCGUGAGCAUCGCCAGGCUGCUGUUUGUGAACUGUGCGAUCAAUCGUGGUUAAAUUCCAGCAAAGGUCAGCUCCCUUUAAGAAAACAAUGAAGAACUAAACAGAAUCUCUGUUACUGGUGGUUUGUUAAUGAUCAGUGAAAGUCUUCAAACAAAUCCAUUUGAGCCACUCUCCCCCCAAUUUAUUGAAUUGCAUUUAAACAUAAUAAAAUAAACUACACACGAGUGGAAUAUUUUGAAUAGCAAAAAUUUGUAAUUGCCUGAUGCUGGUGAAAACACUGUAACCUUAAGGUGUGACUUCAUGCAGGCAAACUGCUACGUUGUGUUUAUGUGUAUAUAAAGUCAGACUAAAUAUCUAAAGUAGUGUGAAGAAAAGCGGUAAAUGUGUGUGAGAGUGUGAAUGUGUAAGUGAGGAGACAAAGGUGUGUUUAGUGUAGACUGUCUUUGGUAUGUUACACGGCAUCAACAAAUGUUUUUCUAAAUAAAUAUAUCAAACAUUUGUGUCCAAAACAUGAUUUGCAUUUAAAUGUACAUAGUUUUUUAUUAUAUGUUUUAAAUGUAUGACAUUAGAAAUUAUUAUCAAAGUAAUGAACUUAUUUUCUACAUUUGACAUAUUUACAUUCGUCAGAGUGUUGCUGGAGUAUUUCUUGAGGUAUAUUUCUUAAGGUGUGUCCUUCCAAUCUUUGAGUUUAAAUAAAUCCUUGUAUCUGAA